UAGCCAAAAUGUUGGCUUCGCAGAUUGCCAGCUAGUAAACACGUCAACCAACACGCGGGACUGUCUCGUGUUUAUCCCCGCGCGGCGCCGCUGAGCUGAGGCAGACGUGGGGCGAGGUACACAAGAAACACCAACACUAGCAGACCAGAGUGGGUCCCAAGAGCCCGGCCUGGCAAUUAGGACUUCAAGACACUCGGGCACACCAAAAUCUACCCCCGGAGAAGACAGGGUAACUCACCAGAAUCUGAUCACGCAACCCAACUGCUACCAACACUUUGGGGAACUACAGGCUGUGGUGCCGCAGCCUACACGAUCCCGUCAAAUCCCACCACGAACAGGAAAGGACGUGUGAUUGUAGUGUUGCACCAUGGCCUUCAUGUCACUCAACGACUACUUGCAAAGGGUCCAGGGAUCCUUGUAUCAGCAGAAUGGUGAAGUGCUUGCUGAGCUGAUAUCGUUUCGUGACCCACAUGUGAUGAGUUCUCGCUUAAUGGUGGAGAAACCUGAGAGAGACGUAGAGCGAGUCAUCGAUGCCUCACUGGCUGAGGUUAUUGCCGGUCAUCUCCGGGCGGCGUGGGCAGCAGGAUCUGGUGACACAGUGGAAGCGUGGAGGACGCAGAUGGUUGUGGUGCAGGCUGUGGCUCGCUUCAUGCAGGAGUGUAAGGAGGAGAACUGGAUGCUGCCUGUGAUGUACACCUCCUGUCUUGACCUCAGGUUGUUUGCUUUAGCUGCUGACCAAGAACUCACUCGCACUGGUGCCAGCAAGGCUGGGGAGACCUUGGAGAAGGCUGCUGAAGCACUGAUGAGCUGCUUCCGUAUUUGUGCAGCAGACACACGCACCUCUGAGGAUUGCACCAAGCGCUGGGGUCUGCUGUACCUGGUGAACCAGUUCUUCAAGAUUUACUUCAAAAUUAACAAACUGAACCUGUGUAAGCCAAUGGUGCGUGCAAUAGAGGCUCUCUCCUUCAAGGAUCGCUUCUCCCUGUCACAACUCAUCACCUACAAGUACUACACUGGCAGGAAGGACAUGUUUGACUCAGACUUUCAGUCAGCUGAUGCAACUUUGUCAUUUGCAUUCCAAAGAUGCCAUGUUGGGAGUCGGAAGAACAAAAGACGCAUCCUCAUCUACCUGAUUCCUGUUAAAAUGCUGCGGGGAUACCUACCUAAGUCAUCCGUGCUGGAGAGGUACAACCUGCCAGAGUUCCAAGACGUGGUGACCUCAGUGCAGCAGGGCAAUGUGAAGCUCCUCUCUGAAACCCUGGCCCGGCACGAGAGUUUCUUCAUUGGGGCUGGCAUCUACCUCAUCCUGGAGAAGCUCAAGAUUCUGGCAUUCAGAAAUCUCUUCAAGAAAGUGUUCCUGAUGAGCGGCACACACCAGAUCGACAUCACCCUGUUCCUUCGUGCACUGCAGUGGAUGUGUGUGGAGGAUGUGGACCUGGAUGAGACAGAGUGCAUCCUAUCCAACAUGAUCAAUGAUGGCCGCAUCAAAGGCUACAUCUCUCAUGCACAUCGCAAGGUGGUGGUGAGCAAGAAGGAUCCAUUCCCACCCCUCACCUCCUGCUGAGCCCCUCUGCUGGGUAGGCAUUGGUGUGGGAGUCAUUUUGUUUUUACUCUUUUGUCAAGUCAUGUGUACUGUAAAUCCUUCUUUAGGACCUCAUCCUCUGUUCUGUUUUUGUCCAGUUACAUAUAAAUAAAAUUCAUUAAAACUUCAGUUAGUCUAAA